GCUCCGGAACUUUUCCUGCAGCAGCGGAGGAUGUUCAGUUCGGAGGUCCCAGCCCAGCAGAACGCUUCCACCGGGUCGGCUCGGGUCCAGACCGGGUUCUGACCGCCCGCCCUGUGAGUGGAUCGUGGCUCCGCGACGCUUUGGGGAGAUUUUACGCGCAGCUUUCUGCUUCAAAGCGGAGAAACUUCCGAACCCACGGGAGAAAGUUUUCACUUGGAGGAAACCGAACCGAUCCUCCUUCCUCGGCGUCGCUGCUGUGAACCCAGCCUGUCGGAACCGGGAUAUGUGUGUGAGCGGGUCGGAGAGGCGCGCCGGACUCCGGCUCUGGGCUGCGCUGCUCGCCGCGCUGCUGUGGGCCGCCGCGGCGCAUGGAUGCCCGCACAAGUGCAGCUGCUCCGGGUCGCAUGUGGACUGCCAGGGUCUGGGUCUGAAGACGGUACCCAAAGGAGUCCCGCGGAGCGCAGAGCGCCUGGAUUUAAACAGAAACAACAUCACCAGAAUUACGAAAGUGGACUUUUCUGGACUGAAGAACCUCAGGAUUCUCCACCUGGAGGACACGAUCAGCGUCUUGGAGAGAGGAGCCUUCCAGGACCUCAGGCUGCUGGAGAGGCUACGCCUGAACAGAAACAAGCUGCAGUUCCUCCCAGAGCUGCUCUUCCAGUCCAACCCCAAAUUGGGCCGAGUGGAUCUCAGUGAGAAUCAGAUCCAGGCCGUUCCACGGAAAGCCUUCAGAGGAAUCACCAAUGUGAAGAACCUGCAACUGGACAGCAACCACAUUGGCUGCAUCGAAGAUGGAGCUUUCCGAGCACUGCGCGAUCUGGAGAUCCUCACCCUCAACAACAACAACAUCACCCUUAUCCCGUUGUCCAGCUUCAACCACAUGCCCAAGCUGCGGACGCUCCGUCUGCACUCCAACAGCCUCCACUGUGACUGCCACCUGGCCUGGCUCUCUGAUUGGCUGAGGGCGCGGCGGGGCUUGGCCCCCUUCACGCAGUGCAUGUCUCCGGCUCACAUGAGGGGCCUCAACGUCCCCGACGUCCAGAAGAAGGACUUCAUCUGUAACGGUCCGGCGCAGACAGAGCCGAGGGCGUGUGCACCUCAAGUCGCAGUCUGCCCCCCCAGCUGCAGCUGCAACAACAACAUCGUGGACUGCCGGCGGAAAGGCCUGACGGAGAUCCCAGCCAACCUCCCAGAGGGCAUUGUGGAAAUCCGUUUGGAGCAGAACCUGAUCAAAAGCGUCCCGCCAGGAGCGUUUACAGCCUAUAAGAAGCUGAAGAGAAUAGACCUGAGCAAGAACCAGAUCUCCGACGUGGCGGCGGACGCCUUCAGCGGACUGCGGUCGCUCACUUCACUGGUUCUUUACGGCAACAAGAUCGCUGAGCUACCAAAAGGAAUAUUUGAUGGACUUUCUUCCCUGCAGCUACUAUUACUGAACGCCAACAAGAUCAACUGUUUGAGAGUGAAUGCCUUCCAGGACCUGCAGAACCUGAACCUCCUGUCUCUGUAUGACAACAAGCUGCAGAGCAUCAGUAAAGGCCUCUUCGACCCGCUUCGCUCCAUCAAGACUCUCCACCUGGCCCAGAAUCCCUUCAUGUGCGACUGUCACCUGAAGUGGUUGGCUGACUUCCUGUUCGAUAAUCCCAUCGAGACCAGCGGCGCGCGCUGCAGCCACCCGCGCCGGCUGGCCAACAAACGCAUCAGCCAGGUCAAAGGCAAGAAGUUCAGGUGCACAGGUCAGGAGGACUACCGCAGCCGGCUGAGUGGGGAGUGUUUCCAGGAUCUAGUGUGUCCAGAGAGAUGUCGCUGUGAAGGCACCGUGGUGGACUGCUCCAACCUCAAACUGACUCGGAUUCCUCCGCACAUCCCUGAACACACCACCGACCUGCGGCUAAACGAUAAUGAAAUCUCUGUCCUGGAAGCUGCUGGGACGUUCAGGAAGCUGCCCAACCUCAAGAAAAUAAACCUGAGCAACAACAAGCUGAGGGAUGUGAGAGAGGGCGCCUUCGACGGCGCCGCCGGCGUCCUGGAGCUGCUGCUGACCGGGAACAAGCUCACCGCGCUGCAGGGCCGCAUGUUCCGGGGCCUCAGCGGCCUCAAGACCCUCAUGCUGCGCAGCAACCAGAUCAGCUGCAUCGAUAAUGGCACCUUCAGCGGCCUGAGCUCGGUGCGCCUCCUCUCCCUCUACGACAACCGGAUCUCCAGCAUCGCCCCGGGGGCCUUCGCCACCCUGCACUCGCUCUCCACCAUUAACCUGCUGUCCAACCCGUACUUGUGCGACUGCCACCUGGCCUGGCUGGGCCAGUGGCUGAAGAAGACCCGGGUGGUGAGCGGGAACCCGCGCUGCCAAAGGCCCGGCUUCCUGAAGGAGAUCCCCAUCCAGGACGUAGCCACGCCCGACUUCACCUGCGACGGUGCCGAGGAAAAUGGCUGCCUUCCUGCGUGGUUGCCUGACGUCUGCACAUGCUCAGACGGAGUGGUGCGCUGCAGCAACCGCGGCCUGCACGCGCUGCCCAAGGGCAUCCCCAAGGACACCACGGAGCUGUACCUGGAGGGGAACCAGCUGUCGUCGGUUCCGAAGGAGCUGGCCGCCCUGAAGCAGCUCUCCCUGGUGGAUUUGAGCAACAACAGCAUCAGCACAGUGGCUCCCUUCACCUUCAGCAACAUGACUCAGCUGGCCACACUCAUCCUGAGCUACAACCAGAUCCGCUGCAUCCCACUCCACGCCUUCGACGGACUGCGAUCGCUGCGCCUGCUGACUCUCCAUGGAAACGACCUUUCAACCAUCCCCGAAGGCGCGUUCGGCCACCUCAGCUCCCUGUCCCACCUGGCCCUCGGCGCCAACCCGCUGUACUGUAACUGCGACCUGCGCUGGUUGUCUCAGUGGGUCAAGGCCGGCUUCAAGGAACCUGGCAUCGCUCGCUGUGCCGGGCCUGCAGACAUGGCCGACAGGCUGCUGCUCACCACGCCUCUCAACAGGUUCCAGUGUAAAGGUCCUGUGGACAUCAGCCUGAUGUCGAAGUGCGCCCCCUGCCUGUCAGCUCCCUGCAGGAACAACGGCACCUGCGUCUCCGGCGCUGCAGGCUCCUACCGCUGCACCUGUCCGUUCGGGUUCAAGGGUCAGGACUGUGAGGUGGCGAUCAACGCCUGCAUCAGCUUCCCGUGUCAUAACGGAGGAACCUGCCACAUCCCACCUGGACGGGACGACCAGUUCAGCUGUGUGUGUCCGCCAGGCUUCGAGGGUCCGCGCUGUGAGAUAAAUCCUGACGAUUGCGACGAUAACGAUUGUGAGAACAACUCCACCUGCUUUGAUGGCAUCAACAACUACACCUGUCUGUGCCCGCCCAACUACACUGGUGACCUGUGUGACGAGGUGGUGGACCCGUGUCUCGCCGGUUUCGACCCGUGUCAGCACGACUCUAAGUGCGUCCAAGUCGGCCGCGGCUACAGGUGCGAGUGUCCGCCGGGCUUCGUGGGGCAGCGGUGCGAGCUGGACUACGACGACUGUCUGGAGAACAAAUGCCAGCAUGGAGCCGAGUGCGUGGACGCAGUCAACGGGUACACCUGCGUCUGCAAGGAGGGCUUCAGUGGGCUGUUCUGUGAGAACCCUCCACCAAUGAUCUUGCUGCAGACCAGCCCCUGCGACCAAUCAGAGUGCCAGAACGGCGCCCAGUGCCUGGUGGUUGCCGGGGAACCCAUCUGCCGGUGCACAUCUGGUUACCACGGCAAUACCUGCGACAAACUCUCCUCCGUCCACUUCCUGGGUCGAGACGGCUUCGUGGAGCUGCACGGCACCAAGCUGCGACCCACUGCGCAUAUUUCACUGCAGGUGGCCACUGAUAAGGACAACGGCGUCCUGCUGUAUAAGGACGACCUCGACCCGCUGGCGCUGGAGCUGUACCAGGGACACAUCCGCCUCAUUUAUGACAUCACCAACUACCCGCCCACCACCGUGUACAGCGUGGAGUCGGUGAGCGACGGACUCUUCCACACCAUAGAGCUGCUGAUCCAGAACCGCUCACUCAGCCUGGUGGUGGACAACGGCGCCCCCAAGAGUCUGGGCAAGCUGGGCCGCCAGCCCUCCGUCGACCACAACACCCAGCUCUACAUCGGCGGAGUGCCCCCCCUGGUGGCGGCCUCAGGGCUGCGUCCCGGCCCGGAGCGUCCUCCUCCGGGUUUCGACGGCUGCAUCCACAACGUUCGGAUCAACGGAGAGAUGCAGGACCUGACCUUCAGAACCACAGCAGAAGCGCCUGGCCAGGGCCCGGCGGUUCUGGUCGGGUGCCACGCCUGCAGUGUGUGCGCAACUGGAGCCUGCAGGGAGGGAGGUCAGACCGGGGUCACCUGCAGCUGCCCUCCGGGUCGGAUGGGGGCGCUGUGCGACGAGACGGCGGCCAGCGACCCCUGUCAGAACAUCAGGUGUGUCCAUGGUACCUGCGUUGCCACGGCGCAGGCCUACAGCUGCCGCUGCGCCGACGGCUACCAAGGCCCGUCCUGCGACCGGCCCGCCUGCGGCUGCGUCCACGGAGAGUGCCGGACCUCCGAGUCCGGGGUUCUGGUCUGCCACUGCGAGCCGGGCUUCACCGGACCCGCCUGCAACACAGAGCUGCGCUGCCAGGGCGAGACGUUGCGGGAGCAGCUGAAGCGGCACCAGGCCAUGCGGACCUGCACCUCCACCAGCAGGGUGCCGCGCGUGGCGUCCCGGUCCUGCCAGGCGGCGGCGCCGCCCGGCGUCUGCUGCGGCGUCACCAAGACGCGCCGGCGGAAGGUGGCGUUCCGCUGCACGGACGGGUCGUCGUACUCAGAGGAGCUGGAGACGGCCCUGGAGUGCGGCUGCGGCCGGUGCCCACUGUAGGCCCCGCCCACCAGCUGUAGGCCCCGCCCACCAGCUGUAGGCCCCGCCCACCAGCUGUAGGCCCCGCCCACCAGCUGUAGGCCCCGCCCACCAGCUGUAGGCCCCGCCCAUCAGAGGAGCGGCCCUGGACGAGCAGAACAGACACUCAGAGAAAAUAUAUUGUAAAAUAUAUGUGAGAAACAUAGAACUUAUUUUUAUUAUGGAUUUUUCUAAGAUGAUAAAAAGACUGAUAAGUUGUUUUUAAUGUUUCAUAGUAUAAAAAUAUUUUCUACCUUUGUAAUAAACUAGAUUAACAUUC